UUCCCCAUCUGCUGCACGAAGCAACGAACAAGGUAAGAUUUUAGUAUUUCCCUGCUGUUAAAACUUCCAAAGUUCUCCUUCCUGCUAGUCCUCGGGUUGUGAAAGAUUUUCCAGCACACCGAUAGGUGCAAAGAAAACGAAACAAACCAAAACACCACCCUAAGCGGCUGGGCGCUCAUUCCCGUUUUAAUGCCCUCUUUGGUGUUUGUUAUUAAUUUUUUUUUUUUUUUUUUUUAUUUCGGCGAGUGUUGGGAGCGGCCGCUGAGGGCGGGCGCGCGGACUCCAAGGCCCGGCAUGCUCCGGGGCGCGGCGCAUGCGCGCCGGGCGGGCUUGAGUGGCAAGUUGUUUGUUCCAGCGAGCACCAGCUGCUCGGCACUCCGGGCUCCGCUGCUCCGCGCCCCGCUGGCCUCCCCGCCGCUCCAACUUUUACACCCUCUGCUCCUUCAUCCUCUGAUCCCGCCCCUCCGGAGCCGGGAAGGGACAGACGGAACCGGGGAGGGAGGGAAAAAAAGAAAAAAAAAAGAAAAAAAAAAAAAAGGCACCGACAAUAACAGCCCCCCCUCCCCCUCCCCAUUCAAAAACACAACAUAAACCCCAGGGAUAGAUGAACUACAAAUGAGAAAGAGGAAAAGAUGGAACUGCACAUCCUAGAGCACAGGCUCAGAGUGGCUAGCAUAGCCAAGGAGAGCAUCCAGUUGUUUACCUAUGGAUUAAUCAAACUUGCUUUUCUGUCCUCUAAGACGAGGUGCAAGUUCUUCAGCCUCACAGAAACCCCUGAGGACUACACCAUCAUUGUGGAUGAAGAGGGCUUCCUAGAGCUUCCUUCCUCGGAACACUUGAGCGUGGCCGAUGCAACAUGGCUUGCCCUCAACGUGGUGUCUGGUGGAGGUGGUUUCUCCAGCUCCCAGCCCAUCGGAGUGACCAAAAUUGCCAAGUCAGUCAUAGCACCCCUAGCUGACCAAAACAUCUCAGUGUUUAUGCUCUCCACCUAUCAGACGGACUUCAUCUUGGUGCGUGAGCGAGACCUGCCCUUCGUGAUGCACACGCUGGCUGCCGAGUUCACCAUCCUCAGAGUAGUGAACGGGGAGACAGUGGCUGCCGAUGACUUUGGGGUAACAAAUGGAUUUGUCAAACCAAAACUAGUUCAGAGGCCUGUCAUUCAUCCUCUUUCCAGUCCAAGUAAUAUGUUCUGCGUCACCAGCCUGGAUCCAGAUACCCUUCCCACUGUUGCUACACUCCUCAUGGAUGUCAUGUUUUACUCCAAUGGAGUAAAGGACUCAGUGGUGGGCAACGAAGACUCUGGACACAUUCGCUUUUUCUCCUUUUCUCUCAUUGAGGGUUACAUCUCCCUGGUCAUGGAUGUCCAGACACAGCAGAGAUUUCCUAAUAAUUUGUUGUUUACAAGUGCAUCUGGCGAGCUCUGGAAGAUGGUGCGGAUUGGUGGGCAGCCUCUUGGCUUUGAUGAAUGUGGAAUUGUCGCUCAGAUUUCUGAGCCUUUGGCCGCGGCCGACAUCCCAGCCUACUACAUCAGUACUUUUAAGUUUGAUCACGCCUUGGUACCUGAAGAAAAUAUAAAUGGUGUGGUCAAUGCACUCCAAGUCAGUCAAGCUGAAAAACAUUAGAAAUCU